AUGGACAUGGAUGACAAGCUAGUCAAACAUACACUCAGUUCUGACACAGAAAACAAACCAGAGGACAAGGUUGUAAAGGAGGAAACUGACAGAUUGACCACAGAUCCUAAGUCUGAAGACAAAGAGAGCUCAGACAAUAACACUCACAAUGAUGACAAUUUGGAGGGUAAGGAGGUUUUGUCUGUGCCAGUAGAGGGUCAAUCUGGCAAUUGUAAGGCAACAGUAGAGGAGCUUACAAAAGUGAAGGAGGACAAAGCUACUGCUAGGGCUAAAGUAAAGACAGAGGCCAAGAAAGCAAUGUGGGCCAAGGUUAAGGAAGAGGCUCAGGCCAAGGCAAAGAAGGAGAAGGAGAGGGGAAAGGAGAAGGAGAGGGAGAAGGCUAUAGCCUUAGCACAGUUGGUAACAAAGCAGAAGGAUAGAAAGGAAAAGGAGGGGUCCAAAAGUUCUGAUACUGUUGUGAAUGUGGAAAAGUUGAAGGUGGUAGUAGAAAAGGGGAACAAGCCAGUUCCUAAAGGAGUUACAAAACCAGAAAAGAAAAAGCCAGUCACAGAGAAAGAGAAGGUUGAUGCAAGAAGGGAUGGGAAGGAGAAACGAGUCAUAGUUAGUAAGUACAAGUAUGGCUAA